GUUUAAAGCCGCCACACCUUCGCGUUUUUCACGUCUGCCAGUUACGACCAACCCCUCGUUCUUCUUGAUUUUAUUUCUUCAUAAUGUUUUCCUCUCUCUUCUCUGCUGCCCCUGUUGACCCCCACGCUCCUAAUUUCUUUUCUGCAACUACCAAUGUCCCUGAAAACGAGCUCUUUGGACCAUUAGAACCUAAGGAUACGGAAUGGCUCUGUGCUGGAGGUUUCGUAACGGAGACGCAGACGUUUUACACGAUCACUGACGAUGGAGUCUCGAUAAUGUGUCAAGUCAUUCACUCCGCGACUGGAGUCUGGUAUCCCACCGUCCAAUUCACCUUCAAGGUCCACGAUCCCAAGACUGGCAAGACGAUCUGGAAAUCUGUCAAUGUCUCCAACUUCACCUCAUCACCCCCUGGCCUCGACAAACGCUCGUGCAAAGCCGACGAAUUCACCCUCACCUACAAGCCAACAAACAAUCCUGAAUACCCCGAGACCUACGUCGUCAAUGCCAACCUUGCUGCUGACCUCCAAUUUUCAAUGGAGUUCCAGAGGAUUGGAACUGUACCAGGAUGGAAGCUCGGCAAGGGACCCAAGGCAGGGUAUUCCUACUUUGGGCCCGACCUUGAGAAGCCUGAAGGCUAUGUGAUUCAUCGCUUCUGGCCUCGUUUCAAGGCUUCAGGUCAUAUCAUCUCCGAGGGCAAGGCUGACACCGUUCAGGGUGUCGGUAUGUUCAUCCACGCCAUCCAGGGCAUGCGCCCUAACCUCGUUGCUUCGGCAUGGAACUUCCACCACUUCGAAAGCGAGGAGCUCGGCGGUGUCUCUGCUCUUCAAAUGGAAUUCACGACAUGCGAUACCCAUGGCAAGAAGGGUUCAGGUUCUGGACGAGUCUCCGUGAACAUUGGUUCAUUGGUGAUCGGCAACAAAUUGGCUGUCAUCACAGCAGAGACUGCAUGGCCUGGAGAGGCACGACCAGCCGAUCCCAGCGUUAUCUCGCGCACGACCCACCUCGACACCCAGUUCGACCAAGAAACCGGAUACAAGAAACCAAGCCGUCAGAUUGUCGAAUGGAAGGGACCUUCCAUCCUCGCCGAUGCUCCGGGAACCGUCACUGGCAAAGUAGAGGUCGAUGUUGGCGAUGUCGAAAACCCCAAGGGUUUGAUUGAGAAGAUCGACGUUCUGGCGGAAAUUCCUUACGUCUUGAAGGUCGCCGUCAACUACGUUGCCGGUACCAAGCCCUACAUUUACCAGUGGAUAAAUCCCGCCAAGUUGCAUAUUUCUGGGCCUGAUGCCAUCGCCCCCGGACUCUCGAGCGGUAUUGACGUCAACGGCACGCUCUACUCUGAAUCUACUUUCAUCUCCUAAUGCUCUGCAAUACUACCUUGCUCGUUUACAAUGAUACUCUUGAUGUAUGUACAACAUAAUAAUUCAACGGUUCGGGUUCUA